UGGUAUUUAUUUGUACUGUGAAUGUUUUAAGUGGAAAAAAGGACGAAUCAUCACAUCACAUCACAGCAAAACCAGUCGAAUAAUGGUCGUUAUUUAGUUUAGUAGUCGACUACUUAAAUAUUUCGUGGUACUUGAACGAUAUAAAUAAAUUGGGUUUCUUGCGAACUGCAGCGAAGAAAGAAAGAAGAAGGGAAAUAUGAGCAAGAAUGGUUUUGCUUCAGUCAGCACUGGCAGCAUGUACGUAAAGUGUAUAAUAAAAUCAACAAGGGCAACCAAACAGUAGCACAGGCAGAAUAAGAAUCGACGAACUAAAAAACACCAACAGUUGUGAAAUGAAAUGUGCAAGUGGACGAGUUACUAAUAUUUUGUCUUUGGGUCGUUUUCGUUUCAUUUGACUGGAGGAAUCGUUAUCAGGAGGAUCAGCAUCAGGGUCCAAGUUAAUUGUGAUUUAAUACUACACGAGCUCAAGAGACUGACGGAUGGAAUUCUGGAUUAGAAGAUUGAAGGAUUCUUGUCUAAUUAAAUAGAAUUAAGUUGUUAAAGAGGAAGAUAUACGAACUUGCAAUGGAAGAAGUCGACGUCCAACCGGAAAGUACCGUGGGUGGAGAUGAGGGCGCAAACUGUCAAGUGGAAGAGGACGACGACAUCAUCUUUGACAGAAUUGUAAUUCACAGCGGCAUGCAUCUUCCACGUUCUACUUUCAAAGCACUCAAUUUCGAACCACGAACUGGAGGACCUACUUUUGAGAGACCAGAUCAACUUUAUAGGAGGAAAAUGACACCUCGUAGAAGAGCGAGAGAACGUACAAAUAAGUCGUUAGAGGCGUCGUCGGGGUUGGUUACACAUUUUCGUUCGGUAUGCACUGGUCCUCACAACGACGAGGAAGACGAGGUCACCUUUCUACCUCCAACGGCCACAAGUUACACCCAGACCUUCGACUUUCCAGUAUACCAGGAACACCCUCCAGCCGUACUGGAUGAACAAAACGACAGCCAUUCAUUCAACUCACAACCUACUACUAGUCCUGAUUAUUCAAGUCUUAGUACCAAUUCAAAUCAAAGUGAUGUCAUCACUGAAGAGCUUACCAAGUCAAUGGGGGACCAGUCAUUCUGCGAUUUAGACUCUACCCCACAACCACAGAAUGAACGUGACGAGCCAGCCAUUAAUAUUGGGGAAGAUGCUAUUACUACUACUCCUGAUACGUUGCAGGAGGAUGAGCAAGGCCAUGACUUUGCUGGGUCGAAAGGUGCCAAAAAUUAUGACACACAAUCCUCAACUGAUGGAGUUCUCAACUCUGGGGAGCAUUCUUCGGUCAUUCAGAAUAAUUGUCCUGAACCAAUGAGUGCAUCAUUCGAAGACGACGGAGCAUCCUCGUUUAACUUCCUUGGGCUCAACACAACUCAACCUGCAGAUAAGUCUUUGGAGUCAGAGUCAACUGAUUUCGGAAGUUUAAGCGAUUUGCUAAGUGGCUUACCUGCUGGCGAUUCGAAUGAUUUGUGUUCAGUGAGUGAUCUUCUGCAAAUGGCCGAGUCAAACUGGAGUUUUCUUCCUGGAGGCCUGGACGAUAUUGUUACAAUGUGCUCAAAUUCCAAAGAAGAAGACGACCUUAACGUGGUGUUCCCACAACAAAGUCAUGAACCACUGUCGGAUCCUGUCGACCCUGUCCCACAAACAGAAACAAACAAAUCUUCGCCGGAAACCCCACCUCAACCCAGUAAAAUUAAGGAAACGAUGAAUUACACAGACGAUGACGUGGAAAUAACUGUCACACCAAUAACUAUCAGAUUUUACCGAUGCUGCAUUUGUUGGGAACGCGAUUUCUCUUCAGAGACGCAACUAAUGGAGCACAUAUUCGAUGAUCACAAAAUAUCUAAACAACUAAAAUGUGAGGUUGUAUCAUGCACUGAAGACGAAAUUGACACCGAACAGAAAGAUGUGGAUCGCUACGAGAAAGAAACAGGAAGGAAGGUGCCUGGACGCGUAUAUCUGAAAAAAUUAAAGAGUGCGGCAUCAGAAUGGCAAGAUUUGUCUGACUCGGACAACUCAGCCGAGGAAUCAGUGGAUAUUACCAAGAGUAGCAGCAGCAGCAGCAGUUCCUCAGACGAUGACGACCGCGACCCGGAUUAUGUCGAAGGGGAAAGAAGGAGGAGAAGAUGUCCAAGGAAAAAGUCCAGUACUCGGCCGAAAAGCCAAAGCAAACCUAAAUCCGUCCCAACUUCGGAUAAGCGUUCUGCCAAACGUGAACCCGUAGGUAGGCGUCUAAGGCAGCGUCCUUCAAGAGUAACUAAAUAGUUUUUUAGCAAAUCGCAAGGUUUGCCUGUCAUUAAUUUGUAAUAUAAAUAUGUACAAGUCAAUUUAGCCAGAUACGUUUAUCUCUCGCCACCACACACAGAUACGAACGAUUUACAAAGUAUCAAAACGUCAUUUUUACCCUGAGUAAAUAACAAAAAUUGGAACCUCGUUAUAAUAAAUACAUAAAUACGUACAACCAACCGACUAUAUAAAUACCUAUAAAAGAUACGUAAUAAUAUGUUUAUCAAUACUCUAUGUUGUAUGUCUGACUAUGUAUAAAAAGUAUUUAUGUAAUUAAUUAUUUUUGAAAAUGACCCCCUUGUUUAAGUAUUCGAACAACUGGUUAUGAUGGGUAACAGUACAAUCUACAACAAUAAGGAUUUAUUUUAUAAUUGUAAAUUAAUUUGACUUUUCUAAUGACUGCAUAGAUGUUUCUUUAAACAGAGAAACAUUUUCAAUCAUAAUCGUAACUUGCUUGAUGUGAAGGUGUCUAAUGUGAUCGUUGUGAUCUCGAUGUAUAAAUAUUACAAACAUGGAUUUUACAAUAAAUCGUUAUAUUUUAUUU